AUGAUUAGAGACGUCGCUGUGUUUGCUAAGGAAAGUAAAAUAAGGUGGGCCGGACACAUGAUGCGCUUUAACGACAACCGUUGGACCAGAGCCGUGAGCGACUGGGUUCCCCGCGAUAUUAAGCGCACUACAGGAAGACCGCCGAUCCGAUGGUCAGAUUUCUUUACGAAGUCCUUCGAAGAAAAAUAUGAUGCUCUUCGUGUCCCAUGCGAAAGGAGAAACCACUGGGCGACUUUGGCACGCGAUCGGGACAAAUGGAAGAAUUACUGGCGCCCGCUCGACCAGUUCGAAGAUCAGCGGGAGUCAAGGUGA